AGUCGGUGGAGGGAAAAAUGCGUUGGAGAGAUGGGUGAUGGUAGAUUUAAUGAAGUGUUGAUAUACGCUGCGUCUACACGCCCCGCGCACUGCUGUAUUGGUAAAAGGAGAACUUGUUGGGUGCGGUCUGAGUGAAUGUAUUGAGAACUUUAAUUAUUGCCACAUGGCCAAAACCACCUUGAAACCACCGAGGGCCAAGCUUACUGCUCUCACUUUUUCCACAUCCCUCGACAUACAGAGAAAGUCCAGACACCGAAAGAGCGCGGAGACUUCAUAACAACUUUAUUUUCUGACUUUCACGCAAUAGAAAUAAACGAACUAUAGCAGGCUUGCAGAUGGAAAUACCAGCGCGUCGGCACAAGUGGCCAAUCGUCUUUUCACUAACCGUGUGAUGUCAUCACGCGCAGACGGUCCUUGGAAUAAAAUAAAGGGGAGAAGAGUAUCCCAAAGCUGCUCCGCAAGUGCAAAAUGUUAGAUUCUCUUGCUUUACUGUUGGAGAAAACCUUUCUUCUUGCGCAUUUUUACUUUUUCACCGCUACCCUGUCUGAAAAAGAAGAAUGCACAAAACAUCGAGACGAAAGCGCUCGCUACCGCCGCGGGGAUCUCUUGGAGGUUCCUCGUACUUUGUUUACUCAUUUUGGCAUAUACCUCGGGGACAACAAAGUCGCACACCUUAUGCCCGACAUACUCCUGGUUCUGGCCAGGAAUAAAGCUCAAAUUCAGAAAAUAGUGACGAACAAGAGAUUGAUUCUUGGUGUGAUAUACAAGUAUGCAUCGAUACGCGUGGACACGGUGGAGGAUUUCGCUUACGGAUCGGAUAUUUUACUCAACACGAUGGAUACUACUCUGAGAAGACAGCCGCUGGCCGGCGAGGAGGUGGCUAGAAGAGCCGAAAAGCUUAUCGGUCAAAUUCCGUAUAGUCUUUUGUGGAAUAACUGCGAACAUUUUGUCACUUACUGCCGCUACGGGACAGCCGUCAGCUUACAAACAGAAAAGUUCUGUGAAUGUUUAAAGUCUGUUAUCCGGGACCAGAGGAGCGUUCUUUUUACUGCAGUCAUCGGAAUGCUUUCCAUGUUUUAUCUUGGAAUAGCGCCGUACACCGCACUUCCAACCUUUAUCGUUCCCUUUACCUUGUGGAUGGCUGGAUAAAAGACAAUGCAACUCUAAACCCAUUUAAAACAAUAAGCAUUUAUUUAACUGAUCAAAAGUUUGUAUUUUUUCUUUGUAUUAUUCCUGCAACAAUUGUCGUUGUGCCAACAUGCGGUUUUUCGCAUUUGUUCACUUUAUAUUUUAUAAUAUUAACAUUUUUAUUUCGUUUUUUUGUUUAUAAAAUAAACUGUACAAUGUUAACGAUUUAAUAAAUAGGCUAGAUGUUUUUCGAUAAGCUUUAGCAUAGCACAUUUUUG